AUGCGCUCUCUUGCUUCGGCUUUCCGGUGUCCAGCUGAUAUUUAUUCUUAUCUUAUCGGGAUAACGGGAUACGUGAUAUGUUACUUUUUAGUAAAGCGGUGUUUGGCAGAAAUACUGAUUAAGUGGUGUUCUAAGGUAAAGAUAGGUGAUAUUCCGAUGCGGAAGUUUAAACGGGCCUUAUGGAAGCUGUUUUGCUUUGCUUGUAUGUUUGGGUGGGGAGUGUAUACUGUUUGGGGAGAGGAUUGGAUUUACUCGCCUUUAGAUAUUACUUUUGAAUGGCCGGGUAAUCGGACGCCGUGGCAGGUGAAUGGACACUAUAUAAUUGAAACGGUGUACUAUACAGGAAGCUUUGUGACUAUGUUUUUAGAAGAGAAACAGAGUGAUUUUCUGUUGAUGAUUUGGCACCAUACGGUGACUUUGUUGUUGAUGGGAUUUUCUUAUCGGUAUAACUUUUUGCGAUAUGGAGUCUUUGUGAUGUUGCUUCAUGAUAUAUCUGAUCCAUGGAUGGAGGCGGCUAAAAUAGCAGUUUAUAUGGGGUACCAGAGAUUAGGGAAUGUUUUGUUUGUGGUCUUUACGUUGGCGUUCAUUGUGCCGCGUCUCUUUAUUUACUUGGCAAUGAUUAUUCUGCCGGGCUAUGGGUUCUUGUGGGAGUAUGGAAGCCACUUGCUGGUGCCGAUUUGGGGACUGCUUAUUGCCGUCUUCCUUUUGAAUUGUUACUGGUCAAUGUUGAUUCUAAGGAUGCUUUCGGAGUUCCUAAGCCGCGGGAAGAUCGAAAGAGAUAUCCGAGAUCUACCCGAAACUACCAGCAAGGGUAAAGGCAAGAGUAAGACUAAGAGUGAGACUAGUAAAGAGAGUAAGGGUAAGACUAGUAAAGGUGAGAGUAAGGGUAAGGAUAAAGGUAAAGAAGCGAAUGAUAGUAAGAAUAAGAGUAAGCAAAAGAAGGAUCAGAGAAAGAAGAAGAGUUAG